AGCACCAAAGCAUAGCUGAUUCUUCGCAAUCUAGGGUUUUAUUGCAGCAGCCGCGGCUUCUUUUCUCUUCCAUCAGGUCUCAGGGUGCUUCUGUAGCUCGCCAAAAUGACCAAGAGAACCAAGAAGGCUGGUAUCGUCGGGAAGUAUGGUACCCGUUAUGGUGCCAGUUUGAGGAAGCAGAUCAAGAAGAUGGAGGUCAGUCAGCACAGCAAAUACUUCUGUGAGUUCUGCGGAAAGUAUGCCGUCAAGAGGAAAGCUGUUGGAAUUUGGGGUUGCAAAGACUGCGGCAAAGUGAAAGCUGGCGGUGCUUAUACACUGAACACUGCUAGCGCUGUUACCGUAAGGAGCACUAUUCGAAGGCUUAGGGAGCAGACAGAGAGUUAGAGUCAUUUAGCUGCUUAUUGAAUUUUUAAGGAAGUGAAGUUGAAUCUUGAUUUUGCUAUUAAAGAGGUGUAAUUUGUACUGUGUUUGAAAAUUUUGAUUUAUCCUAAGGAUUGGAACAAUUUUCCCAACAUGACAUGUCCAGAUCUUACUUCUAUCUUAAUCAAGUUGAAGUUGAAAGGGUUUCAUGUUUCC